GCUCUGUCUCUCUUUCUCUCUCUCUCUUCUCCGUGUGACACACUCUCUUCAGCACUCUCCCUAGUCUCCUCUCUUCACCUACUUCUCUCUUCCUCAUUCCUUGCAAGAUUUCUUGGUCUUUACAUGCUCCCCGCGUUUCAAGUUUCUUGAUUUCUUGGAGUUUCUUUCUGGGUUCUUUGCUUACUUCUUCUUCUUCUUCUCAAGAUUCUGGGUGUACAGUGUGCUGGGGUUUGUGGGGGGGACGAUGUUAAACCCCCUUUUCCUUUUCUGCAAAGCAAUGUGAGGGAGAUUCUCCAAGGCUUGCAUUCUCUAAUGGUGGCUUCCAUUUCCGAGAGCAUCAGCAAACCACCCUCGACCCAGACAUCAGCAGCAGCAGCAGCAGCAACCACGCCGAGGACUGUGCAUUCUGCUCCAGAGAAGCACAAUGCCCGAAGACCCAGAGCAAAGCACGUCCCUUCCAGAUACCUCUCGCCCUCUCCUUCGACAUCCACCUCCACCACCACCACGACGACGGCCACCACCGCGACUACGGCGACUUCGUCGUCUUCUAGCUCCAGGCGAUUCGGUUCUCCGCUCAUCUCUCGGUCCACGAACACGGCCCCUUUGCCUUGUGCAGCCCCGAAGAGGUCCCAGUCGGCGGACCGGCGGCGACCCAGUCCGGGCCGUCCCGUGACGCCGGGUCCGCAGCACAAUGCGGGCGAGCUCUCGGCUGCUGCCAAGCUUCUGGUCACUUCGACGCGGAGUUCGACCCGAAGCUUGUCCGUUUCUUUUCAGGGCGAGGCCUUUUCCCUUCCGAUAAGUAAAGAAAAAGCGAAUGCAGGUUCUGCGCCCGCUAGAAAAGCAACCCCAGAGAGGAAGAGGGCAACGCCAGUGAGAGAUCGGGUCGAGAACCCCAAGGUCUCAGAUCAGCAUCGGUGGCCCGGGAGGACCCGGCAAGCAAAUCCGGGUAUGGAAGUCAAUUUGUUGUCUAGGAGCAUGGAUUGGGGUAGUGAUAGUAUGGAUGAUGGGAAAAAGUUUGCUGUGUUCGGAUCUGAAUUUGCAGGUAAGUUCUUGAGGCAAUCAUCAGUUGAUGACUGUAGGAGGGUUUCUUUUGAUGGGAGAUUGAGCCUGGAUUUGGGUCAUGGUGAGCUGAUAAAUGCGGUUUCUCAGAAUGCUCACCCAGACACUAGUUCUGUGAACGAAUCCUCUGUGCACUCUGAAUUUACUGCGUCUGAUACAGAUAGCGUGUCUUCCGGUAGCACUUCCGGUGUGCAAGAAUGCGGGAAGCCGAAAAGUGGGCCCCGUGGAAUUGCCGUGUCUGCAAAAUUUUGGCAAGAAACGAAUAGCAGGUUAAGGCGAUUGCAAGAUCCUGGGUCGCCCUUUUCACCGAGCCCAGGAUCGAGAAUGUCUGCUCCAAGUAAAUUAGUUCAAUCGAAACGGUUUAGUAAUGAGAGUCCAAUUGUGUCUCCUAGAAACUUGGCUUCUCCCACACGGGGAGUCACACGUCCUCCUUCGCCAAGUAAGCUUUGGGCUUCUUCAGUCUCCUCUCCAUUGAGGGGGAUGCAAAGUCCAUCUCGGGCUAGACCGGGUUCUGGUGGCUUAAAUAGUAACUCUAGCAGUAGUUGUGUGCCUUCGAUUUUGAGUUUUUCUGUGGAUAUUCGGAGAGGGAAAAUAGGGGAAGACCGGAUUGGUGAUGCACACAGGUUGAGGCUUCUUCAUAACUGCUACCUACAAUGGCGAUUUGCAAAUGCGAGGGCAGAUGCUACAUUUAUUAUUCAGAGGCAAAAUGCUGAGAAAGACCUCUGGGGUGCGUGGAUAACAAUAUCAGAACUACGUCACUCUGUCACUGUCAAAAGGAUGAAGUUGCUCUUGCUAAAGCAAAGACUCAAGUUGACUUCUAUAUUGAAGGGACAGAUGACCUGCAUGGAAGAAUGGUCUCUUCUAGAAAGAGAUCACUCAAGUUCUUUGCUGGGGGCCACUGAAGCUUUGAGAGCAAGCACUCUUCGUCUUCCAAUUGUUGGGAGUGCAAUAGCUGAUAUGCAGAACCUGAAGGAUGUCAUUGGAUCAGCUAUAUCUGUAAUGCAGGGAAUGGCAUCCUCAAUAUAUUCCCUCUCGUCAAAGGUUGAGGAAAUGAACUCCUUGGUAGCUGAACUGGUGGACGCCGCGGCAAAGGAACGGUUUUCCCUCGAACAGUGUCGAGAUUUAUUAUCCAGCUUUGCAGCCCUGCAGGUAAAGGACUGUAGCUUGAGAACACAUAUACUACAAUCUAAUCGUGUACCAAUUUCCAGUAGCCUGACGACACGUGUGUAGAACUGACUCUUUUGACUGCUCACCAAUCUAACAAGUACAUCCUACCGAUUCUUUUACUACGGGUGGAGGCAGUUCGGCUUCUCAUUUGAUGCUCCCUGGAACCUAUGUUAGUAUUCUAGUGUCGAUAUGUUGUAUUCAGUCUCUUUUUGUCUCAGGAGGUAACUGACGACGGCAUUCGUCUUUACUAAUUAGCUGUGUAUACCAGAUGCUCCUUCGCCUUAAAGGGAAAAAAAGCAUUGUAUAUAAGGAUCAUUUGAUGGGCAUUUGGUCGUGGAGAUUCUGGUCUCUUCCCAUAUAUUUACUUGCAAAUGUUUGUUGUAAUUACCAUUGUUGUCCUCGCUGAUAUGUUGGUAUUCGUAGAUUCUAAUGAUUCUGGAUGUGA